AGUGAGGAGUAGGAGUUUCUCUGGCUUUGCUGUCUGCCGAGGCAGAGGUUGCAUUGGGGGAUGUGAGAUGGCGGAGGAGUGGGGGAGAUCUGGACUUGUGGAGUGGAGGAGGUGAGCGAUCUGCUUUGUGAGGAGUAGAGGUAGGGUUUUACUGGCUACUAGAGGUGUGGGAUGGGGAGCAAUUCAUCGGAGGAGGUCUCCGAUCAGCAGAGCGAGGAGCGAUGCGGGAGCUACAGUCCCAGCGCGGAUGUCAGCGAGUCAGAGAGCUCCAGUGGGUUUUCUGGCCGCCGCUUCACUGCCGGUGCUUCAAGUUCAUUUGCAUCUUCGCCGCUGGUUCUUGGGAAAUCCUGCCUUGCGGCCGCCGACGCCGCGCGUGCAUUGUUGCCGAUGCCUGAAGCGGAUGUUAUGUUCUGGGAGGGCAAGUUGGAGAAGCGUGAAGUGGACUUUUCUGAGGUUGAGAUGAUGAAGGAGAGGUUUGCUAAGCUUUUACUGGGAGAGGACAUGUCUGGCGGAGGGAAAGGAGUUUGCACUGCGCUGGCGAUCUCGAACGCCAUUACAAAUUUAUCUGCUACUGUUUUUGGGGAGCUGUGGAGGCUGGAGCCUCUGGCUCUGCAGAAGAAAACAGUGUGGAGGAGGGAGAUGGAAUGGUUGCUAUGCGUGAGUGAUUCCAUUGUGGAGCUCAUCCCAUCUCUGCAAGAGUUUCCAGGUGGCGGGACAUUUGAAGUGAUGGCCUCACGGCCAAGACCUGAUCUCUACAUGAACCUUCCUGCGCUUAAAAAACUAGAUUCCAUGCUACUAGGAAUGCUGGAUGGAUUCCGUAAUACUGAAUUCUGGUAUGUUGAUAGAGGGAUAAUGGUUGCUGAUGCUAUUGAAGAAGGCAGUGGGGGAUACCCUUCUUUCGGGAGGCCAUCACUGAGACAGGAAGAGAAAUGGUGGCUUCCAUGCCCACGAGUUCCUCCAAAUGGUUUGUCUGAAGAUACGAGGAAGAAGUUGCAGCAAUGCAGAGAUUGUGCAAACCAGAUAUUGAAGGCAGCCAUGGCGAUCAAUAGUGGGGUGCUUGCAGAGAUGGAGAUUCCUGACGCCUUCUUUGAAACGCUUCCAAAGAGUGGAAAGUCUUGUUUAGGUGAAAUUAUCUACCGUUACAUAACAGCUGAAAAGUUUUCACCAGAAUGUCUUCUUGAUUGCUUAGAUCUGUCAUCUGAGCACCAUACUUUGGACAUAGCAAACAGAAUCGAGGCAGCCACACAUGUUUGGAGCCUGAAAAAUAAAAAAAGAAACCCUCUUCAUUCAAAGGGUAAAAAGUCAUGGGGAGGAAAGGUGAAGGGUCUCGUCACUGCUACAGAAAGGAGCCAGCUUUUAGCAGAGAGGGCAGAAGGGCUUCUCAAGAGCUUAAGACUAAGAUAUCCCGGCCUUCCUCAAACUGUUCUAGACAUGAACAAGAUCCAAUACAAUAAGGAUGUUGGGCAGUCCAUCCUCGAGAGCUAUUCGCGAGUCAUGGAGAGCUUGGCAUUCAACAUAAUGGCGAGGAUUGAUGACCUGAUUUUUGUCGACGAUUCAACCAAGAAAUGCAUUGCUUCCGACGAAGUUAAUUUGUUCAACCGAGGUCGACUUGGAGGAAUACCCAUUCAAAAAAGGAUCUCACCCAGCCCAUUCUCAAUCCAGAACACCCCUUAUGCUUCUCCAUUUUCCACACCAUUUUGUUCCUCCACUCCUCUCACUGGAAGCCCUAGACGAUGGGGAAAGCCUGCUUCAGAUGAUGUAGAUAGUAGGGUUUGGUCAUAUACUGGAAAUCUGAGUGCCAGAAAAGAUUUAGCUCCUGAAAGAGACUGAAUUGAAAUCAAAUUAGCAAGGCAGAGUCACUGAAGAGAGAACUUCAAGCUGGUACUUAUUUUAGUUGGCGUUUUUCUGUACAUUUUUUAGGUUGGGGAAUAAUACCCUUCUAAGUUAUUUUUCCUCUCAUUAUAGGCAGCAAAACUUUGGAUUUUAUCAAUAUUUUGUUUUGAUGGAGUAAGCUAUGGUCAGCUGGUAUCCUAUUGUAGAGAAAUGACUAAAAUUAUGUAUUUUUGCAGCUUUUCUAGCCUGCAUACAUCCUCUGCUUGAUUGUCAGUUAAUAGUGGCUAA